AUGUUCACAGGCAACGCGGGCGGCUUGUGCGAGAAGUUCCAGUCGGACGUGACGCUGCAGUUGGCCUCUGACUUCACCGGCUACGUCAGCCUGAACACGGGUAUCGUCACUUUCGUCAACAAGAACGUGCGCUUGCCCCUCAGGGUCUCCGAGGUCACCUUCGCCCACGAACUGGGACACAGCUUCGGCGCCGAGCACGACCCUCCCGAGUGCGUACCCGGUGGCAGUGGGGGCAACUUCCUGAUGUUUUCCAGCGCCUCUCACGGCACGAUGCCCAACAACCGGCGCUUCUCCGUGUGCAGCAUCCGUAGUAUCUCGGCUGUCCUAGUUCAGAUGUUCUCUGGAGAGGGUUCCCGCGCAAACUGCCUCCAGGAGCUCCGCGGCCCCUUCUGUGGCAACUCUAUACGGGAAGAGAAUGAAGAAUGCGACUGUGGUUACGACUGGCAGGAGUGCCGCGAGGCCUGCUGCUACCCGCGCGAGCAUGGCCUACUAAAUCGCAAGGGCUGCACGCUGCGACCAGACGCCAAGUGCAGCCCAUCGAAUAGCGCCUGCUGCAGCGACAGCUGCCAGUACCACAAUUCUACCUGGGUGUGCAGGAAGGACGACGACUGCCAGUUCGAGGCCUACUGCGACGGUUCGGGCGGCAAGUGCCCGCCUUCUGAACACAAGCGCGACGGCGUGCUGUGCAACCACCGUAGCCAGGUGUGCCAGGCAGGCGAGUGCACGGGCUCCGUAUGUCGCCUGUACGACCUCGAGCAGUGCUACCUCACCAGGUCGCACCACACGCCGGACGACAUGUGCCUCAUCGCCUGCCGGGAGAAUGUGACCGGCAGCGCAUGCAUGGAGGCGUGCCACUUCGAGCGCAUGAAGGACUUCUGCAACAAGAAGAUGGAGCCCGGAGCGCCGUGCGACAACCUGCGUGGCUAUUGCGACGUCUUCCAGCGGUGCCGCCUGGUGGACGCCGAGGGACCCCUCGCCCGUCUACACUGGCUCGUGUUUGGCGGGCAGGGCAUACAGAAUUUGCUCGUGCGCUACUGGUACUUCACCCUGUUAGCCGUGAUGUCGUGUGGUGGGGCCACGGCUCUGCUUGUCAAGCUGUGCGCCGUGCAUACACCGAGCAGCAACCCGCACCUCAAACGACCACACAAGAUCAUGGAAAGCGUGCUGAAGCCAAUGAGCUUGCUGCGCACGUAACGCACCCAACCACGCAACGCACCGUCUGCAGGUGUGAUUCUUCCACACCUCUGCAUCGAACCACGAACUUGCGGGCACGCCUUGAUAACACGUCGCCACCGCGUUAUGGCGGC